AUGAUCACCAAUGAAAUCAUCCGGAUCUGCUUCAAAACCAUCUCCUUGGACCAGAUCUUUAAUGGUUUUGUGAUCUCCAGCAAGAGAACCCUCACAGAGUGUAUCCAGUGUUGUCUCUCCUGGAAAGAGAUUUAUCAGCAAACCUCUCAAGUCCACCUCAAGUUCUCCCCAAAGUCUUGGGCCGUGGACUCCAGCAGCAUCUUUGUUCUUGUGGACACGUUUGUUCAGCGGUUUAAAGAGUUAGUGGAGGUCUGUGACUGCCAAUACCAGUUCGCUCGCUGGGAGGACGGCUGGCAGAGGCCCCUCCCCAUAUUCAGCGGCUGUCAGGGUCCAGAGUUUACCCGCUCCCUGCAGGACCUCGAAUCCAAGUUCCACCAGGGUCUACAGGGACUGCGCUCUGUUGGCCACAGUGUCCUGGACGUCAACGAUCCCCAGUGGAGAACCGAGUUCAGCAGGUUUGGAACAUUGAUCAAACACAUGGAGAUGACGGCCCAGAACCUCAUCAGUUCUGUGUUCAGCACCGUGGACACAGUGGAGGAGGGAGUGAGGCUUCUGGACAACUUCAGACCGAUGUGGAGCCGAGAGGCCAUCAGGCGCACCACGGAGGAGAAGGCUGAGCUCGUCCUUCACAUCAUCAACACACAACUAAAGAUGGUGAACAGUGAGCUCAGCAGAGGAAUGAGGAGCUCCCAUCUGUACAUACCUGAGGUCAUAGGUCACGCAUACUGGCCCCGAGCCCUCAAACAGAGGCUGCAGCCCCCCCUGGAGAAGGCCAAGUUUCUGAGCGAGUCCCAAACCUACAAGAAAAUGACGAUGACGUCCAAUCAGACGGUGCAGCUGCUGGACGAGAGCCUGAGGAGGAGCUUCACGGACUGGACUCUGGCUCUGGACGCUCACUCCUUCACUCGACUGGAGCAGACGCUGCUGCUGCGCUGCAAAGACGGACGUCUGGAUCUCAACUUUGACUCGGGCCUGUGGACUCUGUUCUCUGAGGUCCAGUACUGGGAGUGUCUGAAGUGUGAGAUCCCUCAGGGCGUGUUGGACAUGUACCGUGAGAGAGCAGACUACAGGAGCCUGAGAGAGAAAGUCCUGCUCCUCAUCCGGAGCUACAACAGCAUUAUCGGCAUGCUAUCUCCCGUUGAGCUGGAGUUGUUCAGAGACCGGAUGGACUUCCUGGAUCGUAAGAUUCAGCCUGGUCUGUCCAAACACACAUGGCUGACCAAGGGAGCCUCUUCAGCGUUUGUGCGAGACUGUCUGUUUCAUGUGGAGAAGAUGCACACUGUGGUGGAGGGAUUUAAAUCAUCCAGCCAGUCCAUCUCCAACCUCUGCUGUGAGAUCAGUGAGGAGCUGCUGGUUCGACUGGACGGGAAGACGGUUUACAGGAGCCUGGACUUUGAGGAUGACCAGAGCGCACACAGAAAGAGACAGCUGCACAUCCUCCAGUCCGCUCACCAGAAAAUAGUCCAAAUUAUGAUUGAUAUGUACCAGAUAUUCACCCACGACGGACCUGCAGUGCAGGAUCAGUGGCGAGCCUAUGCAGAGAAAGUGGACACCUUGGUAGAAGAAUCUCUGAGGAGCAACAUUAAAAACUCCAUCCAAAAGUUGGCGAAGGCUAUUAACGGAGACAACAAGAGCACACCCAACCCCCUGUUCAAGCUCCUGGUCACUCUGAGCCAGGAGAGCUCCCAGAAUCCUCCCAAGGUCGAUUUCUCUCCUACUCUCGUCAAACUGGCCCAACUUGUGACCAUUCUACCUCACCUCAUAGAUGCCAUUUCCAGGUUCAAGCGACUGCCGGAACUUCUCAAUCUCAAGAGCUCUCAACAGACACCCAUACACAUAAAAAUAGAACAAGACGAAACGAUAAAGAAGACACAAGCAGCGAUCAGUGCAGGACUGAGCGCCAACGCAAGCCACCUGCAGAACUAUUUACAGACAUGGGACAAGUACCGGGAGAUCUGGGAAAUCAACAAGGAUCAGUACAUUCAGGACUACAGCCAAGACAGUCCCCCUGGAACCUUCGACAAAGACAUCAACAGCUACAAGGAGAAAGCAGGCAUCAUUCAGCAGGAGGAGACGGUGGUAACUGUACGUUUCGUCGUCCUGGACUGUUUCCCUCUCAAGUCCUCUCUGGUGCAACACUGUAACGAGUGGCAGACCAAGUUCACCAGCCUCCUCUACCACAUCGCCAGCAGCAGACUCAAGCAGCUGCACACGUACCAGCAACACAACACCACUAGACUCCAGCGUCCUCCCCAAACCCUGGCAGAGCUGGGAGAGAGCCUACAGUUCUUGGAUUCUCUGAAGAGCGCUCUGCCAACCACCGAGGAGCUGAUCCCUGUGAUUCACGAGCAGUUUUCUCUGUUGGACAAGUACGAGGAGUCGAUGGAGCCGGAGGUGCUGGAGCUGCGUGAGCUCAUGAACGAGCAGUGGAUCAGCUUCCAGCAGGUGAUCAUCGACUGCGAUGCCGCUCUGCAGAAGGACAAGGACAAGUUCAAGAACAGCCUGAUGAACACUUCUGAGGAGUUCAAGAAGAAGAUCCAGAGCACGCUGCAGGACUUCAACAGCACAGGUCCCUUCGACAGUGCACUGAGCUGUGAGGAGGCUUUACGGCAGAUACAGCAGCAGCGCCAUCUGCUGGACACGCUGAAGCAGGAGGAGAGCUCCAUUAUAGAAGGACUGGGCUUCUUCGUCAUUGAGCAGCCGCCAUCUCAGAGUGUGAUUGCACUGGAAAAGGACAUAGAUCACCUGCAGCAGGUGUGGGAGAUCACAGAAGACUGGAAUGCCAAGUGGGACAUGUGGAAGGGAGGUCAGUUCUCCUCUCUGCAGAUGGAGGACAUGGAGAGCACUGUUCAGGACAUGUACAAGAGGCUCCACAAGCUGCAGCGAGAACUGAAGGACAAGGACUGGAACAUUGUGACCUUCUCCAAGAAGAAGAUUGAACAGUUUAAGAAGAUCAUUCCGCUCAUUUCUGACCUCAAGAAUCCUGCCAUGAGAGACAGACACUGGAAGCAGCUGUGUGAGGAGGUUCAGUGUGACUUUGACCACACCAGCCCUGACUUCACGCUGGAGAAGAUCAUCUACUUGGGCUUCGAUAAGUUCGACAACAAGAUCGGGGAAAUUUCAGGAGCUGCCACCAAAGAGCUCUCCAUCGAGCAGAGUCUUGAAACCAUCACCAAGACCUGGGAGGAGACCUUCUUAGACAUCGCUCCAUACAAAGGCGGCCAUUACAGACUGAUUCUGCACCACACUCUGCACCACAGUCUGUACCACACUCUGCACCACAGUCUACACCACAGUCUGUACCACACUCUGCACCACAAUCUGCACCACACUCUGCACCACACUCUGCACCACACUCUGCACCACAGUCUGCACCACUGCACCACAGUCUGCACCACACUCUGCACCACAGUCUGUACCACACUCUGCACCACAGUCUACACCACAGUCUGCACCACUGCACCACACUCUGCACCACAGUCUAUACCACAGUCUGCACCACUGCACCACACUCUGCACCACACUCUGCAUCACAGUCUGCACCACAGUCUGCACCACAGGGUUCAAAGAAUACAAAGUGGUUUAGCCCAAGGAACAGAGGAGGUGUUCCAAGCUCUGGAGGACAACCAGGUGGUGCUGUCCACCAUGAAGGCGUCUCGUUUUGUCAAACCAUUUGAGAAGGAGGUGGACUCCUGGCAGCGCAGCCUCACCCACGUGCUGGACGUGACAGAGAUGAUUCUGACCGUGCAGCGCCAGUGGAUUUACCUGGAGAAUAUUUUCCAAGGCAAAGACAUCCGGGAGCAGCUUCCCUCAGAAUGUGCAGAGUUCCAGAGCAUCAGCUCGACCUGGAAACAGAUUAUGUGUCGUCUGAAGGAGAACAACAACGCUCUCCAGGGAACGCACUACCCAGAUCUCCUGGAGACACUGACAGAGAUGUGUGCUCGUCUGGAGGACAUCCAGAAGGCCCUGGACAUGUAUCUGGAGACCAAGAGGCAGGUCUUCCCCAGGUUUUACUUCCUCUCCAACGACGAUGUGCUGGAGAUUCUGGGACAGUCCCAAAACCCAGAGGCCAUGCAGCCGCACCUCAAGAAGUGUUUUGACAACAUCAAGAGCCUGAGGAUGGAGAAGGCCUUGAACCGGCUGGAGGCUCUAGGCAUGUUCUCUGCUGAUGGAGAGUACAUCAGUUUCCUCCAUCCUCUGCCUCUGCAGAAGCCUGUGGAGCUGUGGCUCUGUGACACUGAGUCCAUGAUGAGGGCCUCUCUGAAGGACAGUCUGGCCAACUGCCUCCUGGCUCUGAAGAGGAGCUUAACCCAGAGGGACAAGUGGGUCAACGACUGGCCUGGGCAGAUGCUCAUCACCUCGAGUCAGAUCCAGUGGACCACUGAUGUCACUCGAGCUCUUGUCAUUGGGAAAGAACGAGGCAACAGGUCGGCGCUGAUGUCCAUGAAGAAGAAACAGGUGGCGAUGCUGGAGAGCUACUCAGAGCUGAUCCGGAAGGACCUGUCCAAAGUCUUGCGUCUGAAAGUGGUCGCCCUGGUGACCAUAGAAGUGCACGCUCGAGACGUGAUAGAAAAACUGGCCAAAGCCGGCUGCAACGAUGUGAAUGCCUUCCUGUGGCUGUGUCAGCUCCGGCUCUACUGGGAAAAGGAGGAAUGUAUAAUCCGACAGACAAACACAUCCUUCAGAUACGGAUAUGAAUAUCUGGGGAACUCUGGACGUCUUGUGAUCACUCCACUCACUGACAGGUGCUACAUGACUCUGACCAACGCUCUGCACCUGCACCGUGGGGGGUCUCCCAAAGGCCCUGCGGGCACAGGGAAGACAGAAACCACCAAAGACCUUGGCAAAGCUCUGGGUCAGUACGUCAUUGUAGUCAACUGCUCUGAGGGACUGGACUACAAAUCUAUGGGACGCAUGUACUCCGGCCUGGCGCAGACCGGAGCGUGGGGCUGUUUCGAUGAGUUCAACCGCAUCAACAUCGAGGUGCUGUCGGUGGUGGCUCAGCAGAUCCUGUGCAUCCUAUCUGCUCUGUCGGCUGGACUCACACACUUCCUGUUCCAGGGACAGGAUAUCAGGCUGGAGGCCACCUGUGGGAUCUUCAUCACUAUGAACCCUGGGUAUGCUGGCCGCACUGAGCUUCCAGAGAACCUGAAGUCUAUGUUCAGACCCAUCUCGAUGGUGGUUCCUGACUCUACUCUGAUUGCUGAGAUCAUCUUGUUUGGAGAAGGCUUUAACAACUGUAAGCUCCUGGCAGUGAAGGUGUUCACGCUGUAUUCUCUGGCCUCUCAGCAGCUCUCCAAACAGGACCACUACGACUUUGGCCUCCGCGCGCUCACCUCUCUGCUGCGUUACGCUGGGAGGAAGAGGCGUGUGUGUGUGGGCAUGGCUGAUGAAGAGGUGCUGCUGAUGUCCAUGAAGGACAUGAAUGUGGCCAAACUGACGUCCACAGACCUGCCUCUGUUCAGUGGCAUCAUCAGAGACCUGUUCCCUGCUGUGGGGACUCCAGUCAGCGACUACAGCCAGCUGAAAGAGGCCAUCAGUCUGGAUCUGCAUCACAGAGGCCUCCAGCUCACUCCCUUCACUAUCACUAAAGUGAUCCAGCUUUAUGAGACCAAGAACUCCCGUCACUCCACCAUGAUGAUCGGGAAGAGCGGCAGCGCCAAGACGGUGACCUGGAGGGUUCUACAGAGCGCACUCACGGCCCUCGCACACAAGCAGCUCCCAGGGUUCUGCCCUGUGCAGGAUUACCCUGUGAACCCCAAGUCCAUGAGUCUGGGAGAGCUGUACGGAGAGAACAACCUGUCCACCAACGAGUGGAACGAUGGAGUGCUCUCCUCUCUGAUGAGAACAGCCUGUGCAGAUGAGAGACCAGAUGAGAAGUGGAUAGUGUUUGAUGGUCCUGUGGACACUCUGUGGAUUGAAAGCAUGAACUCAGUUAUGGACGACAACAAAGUUCUAACACUCAUCAACGGGGAAAGGAUAUCGAUGCCUGACCAGGUGUCUCUACUGUUUGAAGUGGAGAAUCUGGCCCAGGCGUCCCCAGCCACAGUGUCCCGCUGUGGGAUGGUCUAUAACGACUGCUCAGACCUGGGAUGGAAGCCUUAUGUUCAGUCGUGGCUCCAGCAGCGCAACAAGGUGGAGGUGGUGCAUCUGAAACCUCUGUUUGAUAAAUAUGUGGAGCCCACUCUGAUCUUCAAAAAGAACAACUGUAAAGAACUGAUCCCAGUCUCGGAGCAGAACGCACUGGUCUCUCUGUGCCGCCUCUACCACUGCCUGGCCACGCCCACAAACGGAGUCUCUCCCUCGGACACAGAGGGCCUGGAGCGCCUGGUGGAGUUGUGGUUCCUGUUCAGUCUGAUCUGGUCGCUUGGAGCCUCGGUGGAUGAAGACGGCCGUAAAAAGAUGGAUACGUUUCUGCGGCAGCUGGAGAGAACCUUCCCCAUUAAGGACACGGUUUAUGAGUACUGUGUGGACUCCAAAACCAGAGCAUGGACCCCUUUUGAAGAAAAACUCACCAAAGGAUGGAAAUACAACUCAGAAGCUCCGUUCUAUAAGAUUAUGGUACCCACGGUGGACACAGUGCGGUACCACUUCCUGGUGAAGGCUCUGGUGAUGGGGCAGGUCCCUGUGCUCCUCUCUGGACCUGUGGGCACAGGGAAGACUUCUGUGGCUCAGGGCAUCCAGCAGGCUUUAGACAGCACCAAGUGGACUGGUCUCACCAUCAACAUGUCUGCCCAGACAACUUCCAAUAACAUCCAGUUCCUGAUGGAGAGCCGGCUGGAGAAGAGGACCAAGAACGUGUUUAUGCCAGUGGGGGGUAAGCGUCUGCUGUGCUUCCUGGACGACCUGAACAUGCCUGCCCUGGACCUGUUCGGCUCACAGCCUCCUCUGGAGCUGCUGCGGCACUGGGCCGACUACGGAUUCUGGUACGACCGGCAGAAGCAGACGCUCAAGGUGGUAAAGGACAUACUGCUGCUGGCUGCCAUGGGGCCUCCUGGAGGGGGCAGGACGCAGAUCUCCAGCCGUCUGCAGAGUCGCUUCAACCUCCUCAACAUGACCAUCCCCAGUGAGUCUCAGAUCAUGAGGAUCUACAGCACCAUGAUCAACCAGAAGCUUCAAGGCUUUAAGGAGGAGCUGAAGCCCAUUGGGAACGUGUUAACCAAGGCCACAGUGGAGCUGUACCACGCCGUGACCUCCAGGUUCCUCCCCACUCCCGCCAAAAUACACUACCUCUUCAACCUCCGGGACAUCUCCAGGGUUUUCCAAGGUCUGCUGCGAGCCAAUCCCGACUGUCAUGAUUCCAAAACCACCAUGGUCAGACUCUGGAUCCACGAAUGCUUCAGGGUGUUCUCGGACAGACUCGUGGACCACAGCGACUCCGACACCUUCAUCAACCUGUUGUCGGACAAACUGGGAUCACUCUUUGAUCUCACAUACCACAACACCUGCCCCAACAAACAGCAGCCUGUGUUUGGUGAGUUCCUCAGUGAUCCUCCAGUGUACGAGGACCUCCAGGACAUGAAGGCUCUCAGGACCUUCAUGGAGACACAGCUGGAGGACUUCAACCUGACCCCUGGUGUUGUGCCCAUGAGCCUGGUGCUCUUCAGAGACGCCAUCCAGCACAUCACGCGUGUGGUCCGUGUGAUCAGCCAGCUGAGGGGCAACAUGCUGCUGGUGGGGAUCGGGGGCUCGGGCAGGACCAGCCUGUCCAAACUCGCUGCUUUUAUCUGCCAAUACCAGGUGUUCCAGGUGGAGGUGACCAAGCAGUACCGCAAGCAGGAGUUCAGGGAAGAUAUCAAAAAGCUGUAUCGUCUGGUGGGGGUGGACAACACGCCCACCGUGUUCCUCUUCAACGACACUCAGAUUGUGGAUGAGUCUUUCUUAGAAGACAUCAACAACAUCCUGAGCUCUGGGGAGGUGCCAAACCUGUACAAGCAGGACGAGCUCGUGGAGCUCUGCACCGCUCUGGCAGACUGUGCCAGGAACCAGAAGGUCCCGGAGACACCAGACUCUUUGUACCAGUUCCACAUCGAACGAGUGAGGAACAACCUGCACAUAGUCCUCUGUAUGAGCCCCGUGGGAGAGCCUUUCAGGAGCCGUAUCUUGCAGUACCCCGCCCUGGUCAACUGCACCACCAUCGACUGGUUCUGUGACUGGCCCAAAGACGCUCUGCUGGAGGUUGCAGAGCGCUCCCUCAACGGGAUGGACCUGGGAUCCAUCCCUGGGAUCCAUGGUAAAGUGGCUAGUAUCUUCAUGCUAACGCACCAGUCCGUGGAGCGCGUCUCCAAAAGGAUGAAGCUGGAGCUAAAACGACACAACUAUGUGACGCCGAUGAACUAUCUGGAGCUGGUGUCUGGAUACAAGAAACUUUUGGUAGAGAAGCGUAAAGAGUUAGGCGACCAGGUGAGCAAGCUGCGGAAUGGUCUGUUUAAGAUCAGCGACACCAGGAACAAGGUGGAGGUGAUGACCGUGGAGCUGGAGGAGGCCAAGCGCCAGGUGGCACAGUUCCAGGACGAGUGCGACAACUUUCUCACCGUCAUCGUCCAACAGAAGGCCGAGGCCAACCGCCAACAACAGGCAGUGACCUCCAACAGUGAGAAGAUAGCAGCUGAGGAGAUCCAGUGCAAAGCUCUGGCAGACAACGCACAGAGAGACUUGGAUGAAGCUUUGCCUGCUCUGGAGGAGGCCAUGAAGGCUCUGGAGUCACUGAACAAAAAAGACAUGACAGAGAUCAAGUCGUACGGACGUCCUCCGGUGCUGGUGGAGACCGUGAUGCAGGCAGUGAUGACCCUCCUGGAGAAAGAGCCCAGCUGGGCUGAGGCCAAGAGGCAGCUGGGUGAGUCCAACUUCAUUAAGACUCUAGUGAACUUCGACAAAGACAACAUUUCUGACCGAGUCCUGAAGAAGAUUGGACAGUUCUGCAAGCAGUCGGACUUCCAGCCGGACAUCAUUGGGAAAGUGUCGCUUGCUGCUAAGUCCCUGUGUAUGUGGGUCAGAGCCAUGCAGGUCUAUGGCCAGUUGUUCCGGGUGGUGGAGCCCAAACGUGCCCAGCUCACUGCAGCCAUGUCCGAGCUGAAGGAGAAGCAGGGGGCGCUGGCUGAGGCCCAGGACAAACUCAAGGAGGUGGCAGAUAAACUGGAGCAGCUAAAGAAACAACAUGCAGAGAAGCUGGCCAUGAAGGAGAACCUGAGGCUGAAGUCUGAGGACAUGGUAGUCAAAUUGGAACGGGCUGACAAGCUGGUGACCGGGCUGGCAGGGGAGAGAGUCCGCUGGGAGGAGAGAGUCACGGGCCUGGAGGAGUGUAUGAGUUAUCUGGUAGGAGACAGUUUACUUGCAGCAUCCUUUCUUUCCUACAUGGGGCCAUUUUUAUCAAACUACAGAGAAGAGCUGCAGGACUUGUGGCUGACAGAGAUCCGAGAGCUGCAGAUCCCCUGUUCCCCCGGGUUCAGCUUUGCUGUGUUCUUGUCCAAACCCACAGUGGUGCGGGACUGGAACCUCCAGGGUCUGCCCUCGGACGCUUUCUCAACUGAGAACGGGGUCAUCGUCACUCGGGGAAACCGGUGGCCUCUCAUGGUGGAUCCUCAAGGUCAGGCUCUGAAGUGGAUCAAGAACAUGGAGAUCAAAAAGGGCUUGAAGAUCAUAGACUUCCAGAUGCCAGAUUAUCUUCGGAUCCUGGAGAACGCCAUCCAGUUUGGGAACCCUGUCCUCCUGCAGAACGUCCAGGAGGAGCUGGACCCCUCUCUGAACCCAGUCCUCAACAAGUCUCUGACCCGGAUAGGUGGCCGGCUACUGAUGAAGAUUGGAGAUAAAGAGAUAGAGUAUAAUCCUGAGUUCCGUUUCUACAUCGCCACAAAACUGUGGAACCCUCACUUCACUCCAGAGACGUCCACCAAGACCACCAUCGUUAACUUUGCAGUGAAGGAACAGGGGCUGGAGGCUCAGCUCUUGGGGAUCGUGGUUAGAAAAGAGCGUCCGGAGCUGGAGGAGCAGAAAGACUCUUUGGUGAUCAGCAUCUCAUCUGGAAAACACCGUCUGCAGGAGCUGGAAGAUCAGAUCCUCAGGCUGCUGAACGAGGCGUCUGGAUCCCUCCUGGACGAUGUGCAGCUGGUCAACACUCUGCAGACGUCUAAAAUGACCGCCAUCGAGGUCUCAGAGCAGCUGGUCACCAGCGAGACCACCAAGGUCGCCAUCGACUCUGCCAGAGAGGCUUAUCGUCCUUGUGCUCAGAGAGCCUCAAUCCUGUUCUUCCUCCUGAACGACCUGAGCCGUGUGGACCCCAUGUACCAGUUUUCUCUGGACGCUUAUCUGUGUCUGUUCAACACCAGCAUUGACAAGAGCAAACGCAGCCACAAGCUGGAGGAGAGGAUCACUCACCUCAACGACUACCACACCUACGCAGUCUACAGGAACACGUGCCGCGGUCUGUUUGAGGCGCACAAGCUGCUGUUCAGUUUCCAGAUGUGUGCGAAGAUCCUGGAGGUGUCGGGACAACUCAACAUGGACGAGUACAACUUCUUCCUCAGAGGAGGCCUGGUGCUGGAUAAGAAGGAGCAGAUGUAUAACCCGUGUCCCAGUUGGCUCCAGGACUCGUCCUGGGACAACAUCACGACUUUGGACCAACUUCCAAACUUCUUCCGAAUCACGACGUCUUUUGAACAGCAGCCGAAAGACUGGCACCAGUGGUUCACCAGCGCCGAGCCCGAGACUGCUCCUCUCCCGGAGGACUGGCAGGGCUGUAAUGACUUCCAGAAGAUGCUGAUCGUUCGCUGCUUGCGUCAGGACCGCAUCUCCUUCUGCGUCUCCUCCUUCGUCUGCAGGAACCUGGGCUCUCGCUUUGUGGAGCCUCCUGCUCUGGACAUGCAGGCUGUGGUAGAAGAGUCCAGUAGUCUGACUCCUCUGAUCUUCGUGCUGUCUCCUGGGGUGGACCCCACAGGAGGCCUGCUGCAGUUGGCAGAGUCUUCUGGGAAGAGCAGCCAGUUCCACGCUCUGUCUCUGGGUCAAGGACAGGCGCCCAUCGCCCGGAGGAUGAUCACAGACGGGGCCAGAAACGGUCACUGGGUGUUUCUGGCGAACUGCCACCUGUCUCUGUCCUGGAUGCCAGAGCUGGACAAACUGUUGGAGCAGCUGCAGGUGGAGGAGCCUCACCCAGACUUCAGGCUGUGGCUCAGCUCGUCUCCACAUCCAGACUUCCCCAUCACUAUUCUCCAGGCGGGCAUCAAGAUGACCACCGAGCCCCCCAAGGGGGUGAAGGCCAAUAUGAAGCGGCUGUACCAGCUGGUGACAGAGGCCCAGUUCAGCCGCUGCUCCAGACCACUCCAGUACCGGAAGCUGCUCUUCUCCCUCUGCUUCUUCCACAGCAUCCUCCUGGAGAGGAAGAAGUUCCUGCAGCUCGGCUGGAACAUUGUCUACGGCUUCAACGACUCUGACUUUGAGGUGAGUGAGAACCUGCUGAGUCUGUACCUGGAUAAGUACGAGGACAUUCCCUGGGACGCUCUAAAGUACCUGAUCGCUGGAGUCAACUACGGAGGUCAUGUGACCGACGACUGGGACCGACGCCUGCUCACCACCUACAUCAACACCUGCUUCUGUGAGGAGGCCAUCCUGCAGCCUUUCUACAGCCUGUCGUCCCUCCCUUUCUACUGCAUCCCCCAGGACUGCAGUCGAGCCUCCUGUGUGAAGUACAUCAGUGAGCUCCCUCCCACAGAGCACCCUGAGGUGUUCGGACAACACCCUAACGCUGACAUCGCCAGUCAGAUCGCAGAGACACAGAGCCUGUUCCACACCCUGCUGUCCCUGCAGCCUCAGGUCAGCCCUGGGGCCCUUGGGGCCGCCCCUGGGACCGGCCCUGGGACCAGCCGAGAGGACCGGGUGUUAGAGCUUCUUGCAGAUGUGAAAACAAAGAUCCCAGCUUUAGUGGACGACAAAAGUGUCAGAGAAGUCCUUAAGGAGCAGCCGACUCCUCUGAACGUGGUCCUGCUGCAGGAGAUACAGGCCUACAACACUCUGCUGCAGACCAUCAGCUCCUCCAUCGUCACUCUACAGAAGGGGAUCAAAGGGUUAGUGGUGAUGUCUCCCAGUCUGGAGGAGACCUUCAACUGUAUCUACAACGCUCGUGUGCCCCCCCUGUGGGCCAAGACCUACCCGUCCCUGAAGCCUCUGGCGUCCUGGACCAGAGACCUGUGUCAACGUGUGGCUCAGUUCUCGUUGUGGGCCCAGACGGCGGUGCCCCCCACUCAUCUGUGGCUGUCGGGGUUCACCUUCCCCAACACCCUCCUGACCGCUGUGCUGCAGUCUGCGGCGCGAAAGAACCAGAUUUCUGUGGACACUCUGUCCUGGGAGUUCAUUGUGUCCUCAGUGGAGGACAGCCAUCUGCUGCAGCCACCUAAGGACGGGGUGUAUGUCUGUGGCCUGUACCUACAGGGAGCUGGAUGGGACAGGUCCAGCCUGUGCCUGGUGGAAGCAGAGCCCAUGCAGAUGGUGUGUCCUGUUCCCACCAUUCACUUCAAACCUGUGGCCGACCGCAAGAAGAUGUCCAAGACCUCGUACCUGUGUCCCUGCUACUACUUCCCAGUGCGCACAGGGACCGGGGGCAGGGCCUCGUUCGUGGUGGGGGUGGAGCUCCAGUCCGGGUCUGUGGCUCCGGACCAUUGGAUCAAACGCGGGACCGCUCUGCUGCUGAGCCUGGACUGCUGA